GCACAAUCUUAUUCCUUUUCCCCAUGUCAGACCCACUGCAGCUGCAAAGUACUAACAAAGUAUUCGGAGGGGAGCUACGCAAGUACAAGUAUAAGUCCGCUGCAUUGGGCGGUCUGGAUGCCAACUUCAACGUGUUUCUCCCUCCCCAAUCCUUAUCGGGAACCAGGGUUCCCCUUCUCGUUUAUCUUGCCGGUCUGACGUGCACGGAGGACAACGGCCCAAAAGGGUGGCUUUUUGGGCCGGCAGCAGCCCACGGACUCGCGAUCUUGUUCCCGGACACUUCGCCACGGGGAGCAGGCGCUCCCGAUGAGGACAAAGACUGGGACUUUGGGACGGGGGCGGGAUUCUACCUGAACGCAACGAACCCAGCCUUCGCCACCCAUUACAACAUGAUGACGCAUGUGACCAUGGAACUGCCGCUGACAAUCGAGGCAGCGGGCCUUCCCAUCGUCAGACACGAAACGCCAAUCGGUCUUCGGACACAGCAUGCGUCUAUCUAUCGAUCUGCAGGCGGCCACGGUGCUCUGACACUGUAUCUGGCCACCAAAACUAAUCAGUAUCGCUCCGCGUCGGCGUUCGCACCGAUCUGCAACCCCAUCAACUGCCCAUGGGGCCAGAAAGCAUUCUCGGGGUACCUCCAGGGCGGCGCAUCGGAAGCGAAGGAACUGUAUGAUGCAACAGAACUCAUCAAACGGCGGACCGAGCCUGCGAACAUCUUGGUUGACUACGGCACAGGCGACAAUUUCUACACGCAGGGACAGCUCCUGCCAGAAAACUUCGCCAAAGCAGCCAAAGAGGCAGGCCAAAGCGAGCAGCAAGUCCAAGUCCGUGCUCAGGAAGGCUACGACCACAGCUAUUUCUUCAUCUCGACAUUUGCUGAAGAACACGUCAACUUCCACGCGAAAUUCUUGGCUUGAGAAAGCAAUGUAUGAUUAUGAUUGUACAAUGAGCAAUGCAGUUUGAUCCUUCACGAGAGCGUCAAGACAAGUCCCAGAGCGUCAGCCGACUUUGUUGCGAUACGUGAUCUUGAGUUGGUCGAUCUCG